AUAUUAUUUUGUACAGUUGUAUGAGACUUUAAAAAUUACAACGUUAACGAAGCACCUGAAGGCAGCACCAGCACUGCAACAGCCGACGGUGCCUCUGCUGUCUGACGAUGGUAGACUGCAAACAAGACGGAUGGUCAGGGCCGUCCCCGUCUAACCUGAACAUGCAAGUGUAACAUGAUUUGUGCCAGUUUACACGACUAAUUCAGGUUACAGAAUUUACCUAGCUUUAUUAGUUAUAUUCCCCUUUUUGAAUGAUGGAGGACGACUGUGUUUGUGAGUACGACUCGACCUGGGACACAGAGAGUGAUGGAGACGACCCGGCCGGAGAGAGCCAAACCCGACGGUCGUGUCAAGACAAAAACAAGUCUGCUUGGACUUUAGUGACUUGGCAUCAUACGCCAAGAAACACGAGAGCAGCAAAGGACAUGCAGAACUACAGAAGAGGCUAUCCAAAUCUCACAGAUGACGAGUGUGCAGAAGACAAAAUGAACAACUUGCAGUUUUAUCUCAAUAAAUUUCCAUCUUCUCCUGACGAUGUCUACAUCGAUUCAUUCCUGAAGGAAUGGAAAAAUGACUACAAAAGACUGGAGAGAGUCCACUCCUACAUUCAGUGGCUGUUUCCAUUGCGAGAGCCUGGCGUUAAUUACAUGGCAUCAGAACUCACCAAGAAGGAAAUUGAGGCAUUUAAGAAAAACGAGGAAGCCAAAAAGAGACUAGUUGAAUCCUACGAGCUUAUGUUGGGCUUCUAUGGCAUCAGAUUGGUUAACAAAGAGACGGGUGAAGUUAAACGAGCAGAUAACUGGAAGGAGCGAUUCGGAAACCUUGAGCGGAACAUGCACAACAACCUGCGCAUCACCCGCAUCCUCAAGAGCCUUGGGGAGCUCGGCUUUGAGCACUACCAGGCCCCUCUCGUGCACUUCUUUCUGGAAGAGACUCUAGCUAAAAAGACCCUUAGCAGUGUUAAACGCAGUGUGCUCGACUACUUUCUGUUUGCAGUGCUGGAUAAGAGGAAACGUCAGGAGCUUGUGCGCUUUGCGUAUCGCCACUUUGAGCCAAAGGAUAAGUUUGUAUGGUGUCCCAGAAAGAUUCAGAAACAGUUCAGAAAGACAGAGAAACGAGCGGAUGCAGUUGGUAAUGGAGAUGGGAAAGAGGAAGCGUUUCCAUGGAGUAAACCUAAAGAUGUGGAGACCGCUGUUCAACAGAAAGAGGAUGGAGAGGAUAACGGUAAAAAGACUCAGAAAGGAACAGACACAAAUGUUUGUAAAGACAACAAUAAAGAGUUAGAGGCACCUCCUGAUCCAAAACCAGACACUGACACUGUCAGAAAUGGGAAUGCUGAAGCAGAAUCUAAUGACAAAAACUUGGGCAAUAGAAGUGACUCAACGGAUGAUGCUGAUGAGAUGGAUCAGUCGCCCAGUCCUAACUCUGUGACGUCAAAGCCUGAGCCCUGUGUGGAUGGUGAGCAGAAAUUUACCAACGACUCAAAGGACAGCAUCCAGGAACCAGAUAACAUUAUGCAAACAGAUGGGGGCAUAGACACUGAAAAAACACCGAAGAAGAAGAGAGAAGAUAAUAAGGUGCUGCCAAGCAACGGCUCCGCAAGGGACUUGACCGGUGGGCAGAUGGAGGAAAAAGCUGGUGCUAAUAAAGCCACCGGUCAAACGAGCCCAUCAUCGCCGACCCCCCUGAAGACUUCGAAACACUCACCCUCAUUGUCUUCAGGAAGGGAGGAAAAAAUCCCAAGGACGGAUUUUAAUCAAGUGCCAGAUAAAAAGGAAGAGGGAGAAACGUUGAAGGAAAACGUGUCGGCAACAAAUGGGUCAGAGACGAGUACAGAGAAAGGUGCGGAUGAACAGACGAAUGGGAACGAGUCAGAGGAUACUGAUAUGGAAUCAAACCCCUCGAGUUCAGACCAAAACAUGGGGAAUUCAUGAACUGGAUGAUAGAAGAAAAAAACAUUAGUUUAAGCAUUAAUGAAAUGUAAUAUAGGGACAGAGUAUGAUUUUCUGGGCCUUAUUUCUACUAUAUUUGAUGUUUAGAUAUUGAUUCUUUUCACUUUGAAGGAGAAAAUGAAUUAGUGAACUGUAAAGGCCGGAGUGGAAGUGACUUAGUUUCUCAAAAAAUAAUAAAGGAUGAGGCUGGUGA